GAAAAAGUGCUCCGCCUCUUGUUCACCCUCUCCCCGGGCAUUGGUGUUUACUUGCUCUGCUAUAGUUGAAUGAAUAUUUUAUAUUGGGGGAGGCUGUGAAAUUAUUUAGCGAUCCCCAAAUUGGAUUUGACGAAUGAUGCGAAUGAAACAGAUCCACGCAUUUGUCAAGUUGGCUUAAUUCGUGACACCAGUGUGAAUGCCGUCAAAAAUGCAGUUUUGUGUCCAAAUGAAAGGAAAGGAAAAACGAAUGCACGACCACGCGUCUUAAAUACAAAGCGCGCGUUUCUAGCCUACUUGGAUGGAUCAGACUUGCGGGACGGAGGUCGGUGGGAGACGCUUAGCCGGCUUCACCUUUACUGACCGUUGUAACGAGAUUAACCCUCCUCCACGCGUCAUGAGCGAUACAGUCUCUACCAAAGAAGCACAGAGACUUGGAGACUAGAGAGAGAGAGAGAGCAAGAGAGAGCGAGCGAAAGACGGGUGGAAGGAGACUCGUUGCGUCGCGCAGUGCCUACUCUCGGCGUUCCCGGCUUUGCCAUCAGCCCCACCGGAGUAAGGACGGUCGGGGAAGUAGUUCACAGCGAGCACCUCUCGUCUGCUUUUUUUUUUGACGUUGGGAUAAAAGACACGACAGGCGGUGGCGCGCCGCUGAGCUCCUGUGCAAGAUGCUGUAGCGACGUUGCGCGCCGGGUCUCUGUUGCUUCUCGGCCACUCACGGAUGGGAUUUAUGUACAGUGGAAACCCCGACAUGGUGGGCAGGCAGUAAGGCUUGACAGAAGAUGAGGCGGGGCUUGUGUCUCUUCUUCAGGUGGUGGCUGGGGACGGCCAUGACAGUCUUCUCUCUGCUAGCCUACAGCCGGGGCCAGAGUCCAGACGGCUGGCAGUUUGAGGAGUGUAAGCUGUCCCGCGGUGGGCCUCCCGCCACCAUCGUGACCAUCGAUGAAGAAAGCCCCAACGGUACCGUCCUGGUGGAGAACAUGCAGAUCAACGGCCGAACCAGGAACCCGGGCGGAACCAUCUCUCUGACCCUGCUGGACAACUACGACUACUGGGUGAUACUGGACGCGUCCCAGCAACGACUCUUCCUCAACAGCACUGGGAGGAUCCUGGACAGGGAUCCCCCCCACGACAUCACCACCAUCGUGGUCCGGGUCCAGUGCACCAACCUGCUGGUGGGGACGGUGAUCUUCCACGAGGUGCACAUCGUAGUGAGGGACCGCAACGACAACCCCCCCAUCUUCCGCCAGCCGCGCUAUUACAUAGCGGUGAACGAGCUCACUCCAAUCGGGACGAUCGUAUUCACCGGUUUCUCUGGAAGCAACGGCGCCACAGAUAUCGACGACGGGCCCAACGGACGGAUCGAAUACGGAGUACAGUACAACCCCAAUGACCCGGCGUCUAAUGGAACAGUUAGGGUGGCCAACACCCUCUCAGGACACAUCGUGCUAGCGGAGAGGCUGAACUACGAAGAGAGAACACGCUACCUCGUCAUCGUGGAGGCUAAUGACCGUGCGCCGUUCUUCCCCAACCGUCUCACGGCGACCACCACGCUGACGGUGGACGUGCUGGACGGGGACGACCUGGGGCCCAUGUUCCUGCCCUGCGUGCUCGUCAACAACACACAGGACUGCAACCCCCUCACCUACCGCGUCGCCAUCCCCGAGUUCACUGACCCCGGCAGGCUGAACCCACUGAACGUCACUCCUGCCAUACGAGCCGUGGACAUGGACCGAAACAUCCAGCCACCGUCCGACAGACCUGGCAUUCUCUACUUCAUCCUUGUCGGCCAUCCCAUGACGUACAAGGACUACUUCAGCCUGAACCAAACAACGGCAGAACUACGAGUCCUCCAGCCCGUCAACAGAGACCUCUAUCAGCGGUUCACCCUCAUCAUCAAGGCAGAGCAGGACAAUGGGCACCCUCUCCCCGUCUUCGCGGACCUCGUCAUCGAGAUCCUGGAUGAGAACAACCAGGCUCCGUAUUUCCAGCUGGUGGAGUACCAGGGCUACGUCAGCGAGUCCUCCCCCGUGGGCACCACCAUCUCGGCCGGCGCCAACCUCACCUCGCCCCUGGCCAUCGUCGCCCUGGACAAUGACAUCGAGGAGUCCACAGACCCGAUGCUGACCAUCACGCUGGACGCCUACACGGCUGUCUUCACACUCUCCGCCACGGGGAUAGAGCGCUUCCUGCUGCUCCUCCAACCCGUGGAUCGGGAGCGACAGAUGACCUACACGUUCAGGAUGGUGGCGUCAGAUGGCGUCCAGCGGAGCCAGCCAGUGAUUGUGAACAUCCUGGUGAUUGACGCCAACGACAACACGCCAGCCUUCGGCGAUGUGUCCUACAACAUCGAGGUGUUCACCAACUUUCAGCCCGGGGAGACGGUGCUACAGCUGUCCGCCGUGGAUGCGGACGAGGGCUCCAAUGGCCUGGUGACCUAUGAAAUCCUGGCAGGGGCCCAGGGGGACUUUGUGAUCAACAACCGUACGGGUCGCAUCACCGUGGCGACGGGCGUGGCCCUGGUUGUGGGCCGCUCCUACACCCUCACCGUCAGGGCGUCGGACAACGCCCCCGGGAUCCAGAGAAGGAGCUCUAUCACCACAGUGUAUAUUGAAGUGCUGCCGCCCAACAACCAGAGCCCCCCACGCUUCCCCCUCUUCAGCUACAGCGUGGAGGUCAGCGAGGCCAUGAGGCUGGGAGCCAUCCUGCUGAACCUCCAGGCGACAGACAGAGAGAAUGACCCAAUCACAUACCGCAUUGUGAGCGGGGACCCCGAGCAGAGAUUCAACCUCACAGAAACGAUCGGACUCCUCCUCCUGGACCAGCCCCUGGACAGAGAGACCACUGAUCGGUACCUCCUGAUCGUCACCGCCUCCGAUGGAAACCCCGGUGGGACGUCCACCACCACCGUGAGCAUCGUGGUCACGGAUGUCAACGACAACGACCCCUUCUUCGAUCCCACCCUGCCCACCAAUCUGACGGUCCGGGAGGAGCAGGCCGGCUUGUUUGUGGGACAAGUCAGGGCCACGGACCCCGACAAGGGCCAGAACGGCCAGGUGCGCUACCGCAUCGUCAACCACCCCGCCCUCUUCAGCGUCAGCGCCAACGGCAGCGUCUUCACGGCCGCGCCCCUGGACCGCGAGCUGACCGGCGAGUACGAGCUGGUGGUGGAGGCGUCUGACGGCGCGGUGGACCCCCGGCGCGCCACUGUCGUGCUGACGGUGCGGCUGGAGGACAUCGACGACAACAGCCCCGUGUUCUCCCAGCCGGCGUACGUGGUCAGCGUGCCCGAGAACAGCCCCGUGGGCACGGUGGUGCUGCAGCUCAGCGCCCUGGACGCGGACCUGUUUUCCAACAUCACGUUCCGCAUCAGGACGGGGUCGGCACGCCUGCUGUUUGCCGUGGACCCCAUCUCGGGCAACGUGUCCAUGCUGCAGACGCUGGACUUCGAGGACCUGGCCGCCAUGGGCAUGGGCACGUCCUACACCUUCCAGGUGGAGGCGGUGGACCAGGGGGGAGUCAUGCCCCCGGGACAGGCCACCGUGACGGUCCGCAUCACGGACAUGAAUGAUUUCUCUCCAGUCUUCACCCAGGCCUUGUACAGAGGCCUUGUGGCCCCUAACGCGGACAAAGGAACCGUUAUCACCACCGUGCUUGCUGAGGACCAAGACCCACCCGGCACUGCAGCCAGUUUUGUGCGCUAUCGGGUGGAUAUGGCGCUCUCACCUUACAGCGGUAGCAUCUUCGACGUGGAGGAGGAGUCUGGCCGGGUCAUCGCAAAAGUCAACCUCAACGAGGAACCCAGCACCGUCUUCCAGCUCUACGUGAUAGCCUUCGAUGACGGGGAACCUGUGAAACUCAACAGCACCCUGGUGGAGAUCACAGUGCUACAGCCCUCCCGGAUCCCCAUCUUCACCCAGGAGGACUACAGGUUUCCUCCGGUCGGUGAGCUGGCUCCCAUUGGAACGUCCGUGGGCACCAUCUUGGCAGCGGCUGUCGACCAAAUCAUCUUCUACUCCAUCGUGUCCGGAAAUGAACGCGGUCACUUCAUGGUGAAUAACCUGACAGGGGUGAUCUACACAGCCAGGAUGCUGGACUACGAGACUCUGACCAGCUACGUCCUCCGGGUGCAGGCUGACUCCAUGCUGGUGGUGAUGGCCAACUUCAGAGUGCCCUCCAAAUCCAACACGGCCAAGGUGUUCAUCGACGUCCACGACGAGAACGACCACCGGCCCGUCUUCACCCGCCGGCUCUACAUCGGCGGCGUGGCCGAGGACACCAAGACCUUCUCCUCCGUGCUGAAGAUAGUGGCCACCGACGCAGACACGGGGAACUUCAGCGCCAUGGCGUACCGGCUGAUCAUCCCGCCGGCCGAGGAGGGCGCCUCCCACGACAGCUUUGUGAUCGAGACGUACACGGGCGUCAUCAAGUCGGCCAUCAACUACCGCAACAUGCGCCGCUCCUACUUCCCCUUCAAGGUCAUCGCCACCGACGACUACGGCAACGGCCUCAGCAACAGCGCCGACGUGGUGGUUUCAGUGGUGAACGCGCUGGACAUGCAGAUCGUGGUCUCCAACGUCCCGUCCACUGUGGUGGAGGAGAACAGAGAGCAGCUGAUUAGCAUUCUGGAGCGCUAUGUCCAGGACCAGAUACCUGGCGCCAGGGUGAUCGUGGAAGCCAUCGGGCCCCGUCUCUACGGCGACGGCUUCGAGCUGGAGAACUACAGUGAGUCUGACCUCACGGUGUACGCCAUCGAUCCGCUCACCAACAGAGCCAUCUCCCGCCAGGAGCUCUUCAAGUUCCUGGACGGCAAGCUGCUGGACAUCAACAAGGAGUUCCAGCCCUACCUCGAGGGUGGCCGCGUCAUGGUGAUCCUCCCGGGCAUCGUGGCCAGCGUGAAGAAGGCCGCGCAGGCGGUGGCACACCGAGGGGCCCUGCUGGCCCUCGCCAUCAUCAUCAUCCUCUGCUGCAUCCCGGCCAUCCUCAUCGUCAUGGUCAGCUACAAGGAAUUCAAAGACCGCCAGGCAGAGUGUGCCAAGACCGCCAGGAUCCAGCAGGCCCUCCCUCCCGGGGCAAAAGCGCCCCCGCAGCCCUCCGCUGCCCCCCCAAGAACCACCAACCAGUACGAGGAGCUGGGCGAUAGCAGCAUGAGACGGGGUCGCGGGCGCCAGCAACAGCAGCUCUUGAGGCCUUCUCUGCUCAGACCUGAGGAUCUUUCUAUGGAGUCUGGCAUCGACCAAGGCCAGGACUACGCACAGGACUAUUAUAAUUACGACCAGGGGUACGACAUGCCACAGUAUGGCAGUCGCAGGAAGCUGAUACCUCCGACUUAUGAUGAGUACGGACAGGUCAUUAUGGAGGAUGACGGCUACUACUACUCCGAGGGCCGAGGCCGGGGUCGUGGCGGGAUGCCUGGUAGAGGUCCACCUAGGCGGGUUGGAUUUAGUGACUUGCCUCCCGAGGGUGGGAUCGAGCAGGCCGGGCCAUCUCAGGACGUUGAGCCUUCCAAGGCUGCCAAGAAGCUGAAGUCUAUCAUGAAACUCAGCAAACUACUGGCAGCCAGCAAGGGAGGAGCGAAGACAUCUGCUGCCGGAUCACCUGCCCGAUCACCGUGGAAGAAGGCCAAAAUGUUGAAGAUGUUUGGCGCAGGGAAGAAGGACAAGGAUUAUGCCAAGCUGAUGUCAGCGCGUCGCAUCGAUAGCCAGGAGAGCCUGGCUGGCGGCGGGCCGGCGGCCUUGGGACAAAUCGACACCAAGUCGGAUUCCCGAAGCCGCCUGGGCAAGGUGUUUAGGAAAAUCACCCUGGGCAAUAGGUUGCAACCUCGACCGAAGUCGGGCAGUGAGCUGGAUGAGGAGGGUUCGCAGGCGGCCAGCGAGGACGAGAGGAAGUCCAAGGUGUCCAUCAGCGUGACGGAGAGUGAGCCAGAGGCCAGCGGCAGCGGCAGUGCGAAGGAGAAGGGCUCAGACGAUGAGUCGUCAGAGAGAGGCAGCGAGGACAAGGACUACCUGAAGGUGGAUCUGGAUCGAGAUGAUGCCAACGAGAGCACUGUCGAUUCCGAAGAAGAGCCUGAGGAGUCUGGCGAUUCGGAUGAGGAGAGCAAGUCCGGGAAAGAGUCGGAUUCAGAGAAAGACUCGGAAUCAGAAAAGACAUCCGGUACAAAGGAAUCGGGAACAGAGAAAGAUUCUAGCGAGGAGAAAGAGUCAGGCACCGAGUCCGGAACAGGUACGGCUUCCGAGAAGGAUUCGAGUACAGAGAAGAGUUCAGGGACAGAAAAAGAAUCAGGUGAAGAGUCUGACGAGGAAGAGUCUGACACCUCAGGAUCCGGAUCCUCUGCUCGCUCAUCGAUGAAGUCCACUGCUACAGAUGCCAGCAAGAGCACUGGAGUUUCGGGGAGCAGCGAUGCCGGUAGUGGAAGUGGCAGUGGCAGUGGCAGUGGUAGUGGUAGUGGCAGUGGCAGUGGCAGUGGUAGUGGAAGUGGAAGUGGUAGUGGAAGUGGAAGUGGUAGCGGUAGUGGCAGCAGAAGCCGAAGUGGUAGUGGGAGUGCUAGUGCUAGUGGUACUGGUAGUGGCAGUGCAAGUAAGAACGGCAGCAGAGAUGGCUCCAGCGCAACCGGGUCAUCUGUGAGGUCUUCAGCAAGUCAAGGGGUGUCAGAGUCUAACGAAGAAAGCAGUGCGACAGAGUCCGGGACAGGAACUGCCAGCGACGCUGAAUCAGAGGCCGGCAGCGGCAGCGAGGGCUCCCAGUCAGGCAGCUCCCGCAAAAGUCGCUCUAAGGCCAGCGACUCAGAGGAUGCCAAGUCCUCUAGUGGCAGUCAGGCAACAGAGGCGAGCUCGCAGGGAAGGAGCAGCAAAAAGUCCAGGUCAUCAAGGGGCAGCCUCGGCUCCAUCACUACCCGCGGGUCCGUAGGCACCAUCGAAGAGGAGAGCGAGGGCGGAGGUUCCGAUGAAGAAGCCGAAUCCGAGGUCGGCGACGAGAGCAAGGAGGAGUCGGCCGGGGAGCUGAGUGACGCGGCGUCUUCCAGGAGGUCCAGCGUAGAUUCGGAUGGGCCCGGACCCUCCGCGCCUUACGUCGCCCCCAAGUACAGCACAGACAUGCGCAGCGCCACCUCUGACGAGAUGUAUGGAGGCCUGUCCCCCAUCACAGAGGUGGACGAAGAUGCCAUCACCACAUCUGCAAGUGGUUCAAGGCAGACAUCGGAUUCUGACUCUGAAGGGAACAACACUGCCUUCUAGAAGAGAGACACUGUGAUUUGUAAACCUGGGAGGAAUCAACGGAUUAAGCUAGUGGUGGACCAUCUAGAGCACAACACCAGCUCCACCACAGAAGAUAGCGGCACAGAGACCCAGCGUAACCAAAUCCCCAGCAUCCCCA